AUGAGUACAGCAAGGCCCCAUCCUUGGUCUUUCCACCUGCUCAGUACCUCCAGCUCCUCCCGCACCUUCCCAGACCUUCCCUCCCAGGCCCUGCCUCCUCGGCCCACUUGCCCUAGAACUGGCAGAGAUAGGGGGCACCUGGGGAGGAAGAAAGAAAACGGGCCUCUUCAAAAGGAAGGAAAACAACUAGUGCUAGGCCAGAGAGGCUGGUUUUGGUCCCCUGUUAUCUUCCCCAAGUUCCCACAAUUUUUCAGUAGCAGAGCUAGGACCGAGCUGGUCUUCUCCCAGUCCUUUUCAGCCUAG